AUGACUGAUAAAGAUUUAGAGUUAUAUAAGCUCUACAGACCAGAAAGAGUAGUUCCACCUGUUAGAGGAGUUGAUCUCUUGAAAUCAGCACGUUACAACAAGGGAAUGGCAUUCAGUCUUUUCGAACGGCAGUAUCUUGGUAUUCACGGUUUGCUACCCCCAGCAUUUAUGACUGAAGAACAACAGGCUUAUCGGAUCAUUUCUGCUCUUCGACAACAACCUAAUGAUUUGGCACGUUAUGUACAGCUGGAUGCAUUGCAAGAUCGUAACGAAAAACUUUUCUAUCGUGUUGUUUGUGAUCAUGUAAAGGAGUUGAUGCCAAUCGUUUAUACACCAACUGUUGGCUUAGCUUGUCAGAAUUUUGGUUACAUUUAUCGUAAACCAAAAGGUGUUUAUAUAACCAUCAAUGAUAACAGCAUCAGUAAGAUACAUCAUAUUCUUAGCAAUUGGCCAGAGACUAACGUUCAGGCAAUUGUUGUAACAGAUGGAGAACGUAUUUUGGGCUUGGGUGAUCUCGGAGCUUAUGGCAUGGGCAUUCCAGUGGGUAAACUUGCUCUAUAUGUGGCACUUGGUGGUAUUCAACCACGAUGGUGUCUUCCUGUUUUACUUGAUGUUGGUACAAAUAGAGAAGAACUUCUUAAUGACCCUUUCUAUAUUGGACUGCGACGAAAGCGUGUUCGAGGAAAGGAAUAUGAUUCAUUUAUCGAAAAUUUUAUGAAAGCAUGCACUAAAAGAUUUGGACAACACGUAUUGAUACAAUUUGAAGAUUUCGCUAAUGUCAAUGCAUACCGUUUAUUAGAAAAUUUCCGAAACAGAUAUUGUACAUUCAAUGAUGACAUUCAAGGAACAGCAUCAGUUGUUGUUGCUGGUUUGUUGUCUUGCAACCGAAUUUUGCAGAAGAAGAUGAUUGAUCAGAAAUUUGUAUUUCUUGGUGCUGGAGCUGCUGCAACAGGUAUUGCUGACUUAUGCGUCUUGCAAAUGCAGCAUGAAGGGUUGGGAGAAGAUGAGGCACGUGAACGGAUAUAUUUAAUGAAUAGUAAGGGAUUAAUCACGAAAGAUAGCCCAAAUCUAAAGUCUGAACACAAACCGUAUGCAAAGAAUAUGGAACAUAUCAAAAACUUAAUCGAUGUGAUCAAGAAAGUGAAACCCACAGGAAUAAUUGGUGCAUCAACAGUAAGAGGUUCAUUUUCCGAAGAAGUGAUCAAAGAAAUGUCGAGCAUCAAUGAGCAUCCAAUUAUCUUCGCUUUAUCAAAUCCUACUAAUAAAUCGGAAUGCACUGCUGAAGAAGCCUUCACUCAUUCAAAGGGUAUGGUACUUUUUGCCAGUGGUAGUCCGUUUCCAAGUCUGAGACUGAAUGGUAAACUUUACAAACCAGGUCAGGGUAAUAACUCAUAUAUAUUUCCUGGUGUAGCGUUAGGCAUUAUAUUAUUCAAAGUUCGCCAUAUCGACGAUGAACUGUUUUUGAUUGCUGCCCGAGAAAUUGCAAAUAUGGUGACGGAAAAGGACAUAAAAGUGAGCCGAAUUUAUCCAAAUUUGAAAUACAUUCGAGAAUGUUCGGUCAAGAUUGCAUUAGCUAUUGGCAAACACUGUUUUGCGAAUGGAACAGCGGCACUAUAUCCUGAACCGGAAGACUUGGAGAAGUACAUUCGUUCACAGAUUUACUCAGUAGAUUAUGAUGAACUGAUUGAUGUGACAUAUGAAUGGCCUGAGAGUGAUAUGAGACAUGGUUUUCCUGUCCCCAUUACAAGGCGUGAGUCGGUUGACGAGUAA